GGGUUGUCACGGGAUGAGAGAGAGAGAGAGAGAGAGAGGGAGGGAGAAGUUGUAUGUAAAUGGCGGAUAAAACGAGAACUGUCUAAACCUUGUUACCUCAACCUACUUCUCCGCCUUCUUCAUCCAACUCUCUCAUAUUCCUUCUUCUCCUUCCUCUCUCUUGCCUUUCUAACCUUCUUUGCUCCACCAAUGGCCUCUGGAAAUUACUCACUUCACUUCUCCACAACUAAUAGCCUCACCGUCUUCCACGCCACUCAUCAUCUCUUCUCAGCUUCUUUUCUCAGAAAUUCAUUUCCCUGGCCUUCUAAACGAUUCACUAAUCUCGACAAAACCAGAUUGACAAUUUCAACUACUAGAAUUGUUCAUGGACGGUUAUCAGCGACAGCUCUUGAGGACGGAAAUCAAAGUGAGACUGAUACAAUUCCCACUCCCAAAGUUAUAAUUGAUCAAGACUCUGACCCAGAUGCAACAGUGGUGGAAGUAACCUUUGGAGAUCGCCUUGGAGCUCUACUUGAUACGAUGAAUGCCCUCAAAAAUCUAGGCCUGAAUGUUGUUAAAGCAAAUGUGUAUCUGGAUUCUUCAGGCAAGCACAACAAGUUUGCCAUUACAAAAGCUGAUACCGGUAGAAAGGUAGACGAACCAGAGCUGCUUGAAGCGAUUCGAUUAACAAUUAUAAACAAUCUGCUUCAGUAUCAUCCAGAAUCAAGUGCCCAGCUGGCAAUGGGAGCAGCAUUUGGUGUUGUGCCACCAACAAAUCAGGUGGAUGUGGACAUUGCAACACACAUAAAUGUUUAUGAAGAUGGCCCUGAAAGAAGCUUACUAUAUGUGGAAACAGCUGAUCGCCCUGGAUUGCUGGUAGAUCUUGUAAAAAUUAUAACUGACAUUAACAUUGAUGUUGAAUCAGGAGAAUUUGACACUGAGGGAUUGUUGGCUAAGGCAAAAUUUCACGUCAGCUACAAGGGUAAAGCCAUCAUCAAGCCCCUCCAACAGGUUCUUGCUAAUAGUUUACGAUAUUUCUUGAGGCGUCCAACGACAGAGGAGGCCAGUUUUUAAGCCAUUCUAGAAGCUGAGCUGAGCAGUCUCCGUUACAUAUAUGAAUUCUUAAUUUUUUUUUUUCUUAUUUUGGAUCCUGCUGGGGAUCGUAGAAUUUUACCACAGCCAAAAUAUUUUUGCCAAUAAACUUGUAUUUCAUUCCCAUUGUAAAGUAAUCACAAGUUGUUUAGUUUGCUGUUUAUAAAAACAAUUAAAUAAUUAUUCCUGAA